CAUACAUCUCUUCACCUCCCAAAACAACGCCAUAUUCAAUGCCUUCUCUCGGCCCAACCUGAGUUUGCCGAUCCCAUCGAGCCAUUCGAUUCGAUCAGCAUCACAGAUAGUCUGGCCAUACUGUCAUCCGUUCCCCUCGUCUACACCUCGCCUCCUACCACCAUGCUCUCCGACUGGCCCAAGAAGUUCCUCAAGAAUGUUUGCCGACCCACCCCACCCAUCGACCCCAGCGAGAUAUGA